AUGGACCGUCCCGUGGACCAGCCGGCGUACAACGACUCCCUGACAACCAACCCCGUGUUCUAUAACGUCCCCACGGGAACCGUCUGUCCGGAGGGCUUCAACCUGACGGGUAACCAUGGCAACGGGACGUUCUGUGCACCUGUGGGGUACCCCAUACCUGUGGACCCAAACGCCUUCAUAUACAUCAUAGUUGUGCUGAUAUUCUACGCGUCCAGCCUCCUGCUGUUGCUGGUCCAGUACAUAAAGUCAGAACUUGUUCUGAUAUUCUACGCGUCCAGCCUCCUGCUGUUACUGGUGCAGUACAUUAAGUCGGAACGUGAGGACCUACAGAUGGAGAAUUAUUACGACAGUUUUGUGAAGAGAGAGAUGCUGCGGGACCGGACCUGCCGGGACUUCACACGCGAGAGGAGGGAGGUCAGGACGUCAGGGGUGUACGCGUUCGACGUGCCCAUCUGA